GCUGACUCACUCCGGUAGGUUUCGGACUUUCCUCUCCUCUCUCCUUAACAAGUGUGACAUUUUUCGCGGGGCCAUUUUUGUGCCGUUCACAUCGACCUCAACUCCUCAGUUGUUGAAGCUCACCCAAGAGGUAUCUCCAAACCCCGAAAGCUACUUUAUAAGGAUGGGUUCGUCUGCUUUGCUGUUCCUGGUUUUCCUGAGCACCGGGACGCUUGACCAAGUGUGGGGCACAGACACCGUGACUGCUUUGUACGGAGAGACCAUUGUGAUACCGUGCAACAAUGGAGCUAAGGCACCAGACAAUCUAAUGUUCAUCAAGUGGAAAUAUGAAAGAGACGACGGCACUCCUGGCGACCUGUUGAUCAAACAGGCAAACCAAGACCAAGCCACAGUUCAGGCCACGGACGACUAUGCUCAACGGGUCAGCAUCGAUGACAAAUUCAGCCUGCUCAUCACCCGGGCCUCGCUCAAAGACCAGAAGACCUUCACCUGCAUGGUGGUGUCAGUCACCAACCUCCUGGAGUUCCCCGUGUCUGUUCUUGUUCACAAGAAACCGUCGUCAGUCGAGAUUAUGGACGAGUCUGAAGUAUUGCAGAGGGACAAGCUCACAACGGUGGGAACAUGUGUUGCGACAGAUGCAAACCCCGCAGCUACAAUCACAUGGAGAAAGAAUGGAAAGCCCUUGGCAGCUGAUGGGAAAGCCGUCGUGAUCACCCCCAGUAUGAAAGUGGAUCCAGCCACGGGUCUGUCCACCACCUCCUCCUUCCUCCAGUACACAGCCACCAAGGAAGACACUGGUCCAGUCUUUACCUGCGUGUCCACACACGAGCAGACCAGUCAGGAGACCCACCUUGAACCUCUUCCCAUUCACUAUCCGUCGGAGAAUAUUAACCUCCAAGUCCUGUCCAAGAGUCCUAUCGUAGAAGGAGAUAACGUGACGCUGAAGUGCCACGGUGACGGAAACCCUCCACCCAGCUCCUUCUUCUUCCACAUCAAGGGCCAGAAAAUGCAGGUGGAAAAUACAGACAGCUAUACUUUGACUGCCAUCAGCAGAGAGGCUGCAGGUGAAUACAAAUGCUCCCUGCCUGACAACGAGGAACUGGAGGCCUCCCAAAGCAUCGUUGUUAGCUACCUGGAUCUGAGUCUGAGUCCCACCGGGAAGAUUGUAAAGACAGUAGGGGACGUCCUGUCUGUGAAGAUGGAGAAGAACUCUUCGGGCGAUGCUAAAGUGUCAUGGACAAAGAAUGGAAAAGCAGUGAAGGAGCCAGAGUUUAGCAAGCUGAUGUAUGCUGAUGCAGGAGUCUACAGCUGUGAGGUUUCCAUGACCGGCCUCACACGACGUCAGAGCUUUGAACUGGUUGUAGAAGGGAAGCCUGUGAUCACCAGCCUGAAGAAACACCGCGCUGACGACGGCAAACACAAAGUUUUGACUUGCGAGGCUGAGGGAGUACCAGAACCCAGCUUCCAAUGGAGCGUCAAUGGCACAAAGGAGGAGAGCACCUAUAUCAACGGCAAGGCCACCCACAAACUCACUGUGGUCCCAAAGGUGAACCUGACUGUCAUCUGCAGUGUCAGCAACAGGAUGGGAGACGAUGCCAUGACCAUCAAUGUUUCCUCUGUUUUUAAGGAGGAAAGGGAAGAAAAAGGCGCUCAGGAGGACUCAGACGACCAGGCCAAGGUCAUCGUGGGCGUCGUGGUCGGGCUCCUCUUUGCUGCUGCAGUAGUGGGACUCAUCUACUGGCUCUACAUGAAGAAUUCAAGGCAAGGAAGCUGGAAAACCGGCGAGAAGGAGGUGGGAACGUCCGAGGAGAGCAAGAAACUAGAGGAGAACAAUCACACUGUUUAAAGGUGCUCAGGCUGCUCUGUGUGGGAUGAAAGAGCAGUUGGAAGCAGUCUUGUGGCAUCAAACUCCAGCCUCCCCAGCUGGCUGCUGACGCGCUCCAUCAGGCUCCACAUAAACGCAGCAAACAAUCCACGAAGUCCUGCCCUGGCCUGCUGUCCCACCUCACUGUUUGAAGUCUGCAGUGAGGCUGCAUCGUGUUACUGUGUCAUUUUGUAUUUUUGUUACUGUGUGUGUUCCUGGUGAAUGUUCCCUGUUAUGCUUUUAUUUGAGUAAUUCCAUGAGGCUGUAUGGUGUUUGUUUUUUUCCUUUAGGUUGCUUUUUUUUCCUUAUGUUCUAGAAUUUCCUCAAAGAAUGUAAACGCCCUCUACACUUCGAAAGGCCUGUACAACAAAUCAGAGUUCUCUCUCUCUGUGUGUGUGUGUGUGUGUGUGUGUGUGCGUGCGCCCUGGCUCCCGCUGAGCAUGUUAACGUUCAUUUUCUUUGUAUUUCCACGUUCCUGGUGGAAACUCCUCUGUUUGUCUGUGCUGAGAGAAAAAUGCCACUUCACAGAAAACAACCUCAGUAUCACUGUAACCUCCUGUAAACUUUAAGGUCUCUGGGUUUUAAACACUGGAAGAUGGGCUGUCUAAAUAUUUAGUUAAUGGAUUCCCCUCGGCAAUAAGAGCUCUAGUAAUAAUUAUGGUGUUAGAUAUGGAACUGGAUGUGCUGUGUUAGAUAUGG